AUGGCACACAUCACAAACCUUCCCAUGACGCCACUGAUGCCCAGCACUUCCUCAAACGACAUCAAAGAAAUCGCGUUUAAGACUGCUCCUUCAGCUUCCAAGGUUGAAAUCAAGCGCUUCCUAGAAACCUUCUACGGCUUCGAGGUCGAAAAGGUGCGAACUUUGAACAUGAAGGGCAAGAAGAAGCGUUACGCGGGAUCGUUGGUCGCAAAACCCGAUUACAAGAAGGCCUACGUCACCCUCAAGAAACCACUUUCGUUCUCUCAGGAUCCUUACCACUUUCGUUCUACCGUAGAAGACAAGAAGAAAGAGAAGAUGUUGACCACUCACUGCUAG